CGAAUCCCACAAUCCAAAAAAGCUCUUUCUCUCUCUCUCUCUCUGAGUAAAUCUGGUUUGGUCGAAGUUGGUGAAGUCGCCGCCGGGACUACUCAGGUGUACUGAUAUGAUAUACAUGCGAGAUAAUCCAGCAAUGCAUGGGUUACAAGCUUCAAAGUUUCUACUUUUAGCUCUCCUUUUGAUUCAGUUGCUGUUUUCUACUCAACUCGUUGCUCAAAGAUCUAAAAGUCCAUGGCAGACACUCACUGGAGAUGCUCCUCUUAUCGUUGCUCGUGGUGGGUUUUCUGGGUUGUUUCCAGAUUCAAGUCUCGAUUCUUACAGUUUUGUUGCGCAGACUAGUGUGCAAGGUACUGUUCUUUGGUGUGAUUUGCAACUAACGAAAGAUGCUAUUGGGAUUUGCUUCCCUGAUGUGAAGAUGAUGAAUGCUUCCAAUAUUCAAGUGGUUUUCCCUAAACAGAAAAAUUCUUACUUGCUCGAUGGAGUCCUUACUCAGGAUUGGUUCACCAUUGAUUUCAACUUUAAGGAUCUCAAAAACGUUUUCUUGAUCCGAGGAAUGUUAUCGCGGUCAGAUGCAUUCGAUGGAAACAAUUACGCGAUAUCAACAGUUCAAGAUAUAGCUACUCAGUUAAAACCUAAGAGUUUUUGGUUAAAUGUUCAGCACGAGGCAUUCUAUGCGCAACACAAUCUGAGCAUAAGCAGCUUUCUGCUAUCAGCUCCCAAAACUGUGACUAUCCACUAUCUCUCUUCCCCUGAGGUGAAUUUCUUCCGGAAUAUUGGUAGCCGUUUGGGACGCAAGGGGCCAAAGUUUGUGUUCCGUUUUCUCGAGAAAGAUGAUGUUGAGGUGUCAACCAACCAAACCUAUGGAUCUCUUGCGGGAAACCUAACUUUCAUCAAGACUUUUGCUUCAGGAAUUCUUGUUCCCAAGUCUUACAUAUGGCCGGUCGAAAGCCAGUACUUGCUUCCCCAUACAUCUGUUGUUCAAGAUGCUCACAAAGCAGGACUAGAAGUAUAUGCGUCAGGUUUUGCAAACGAUUUUGAUAUUGCAUACAACUACAGUUUUGAUCCAUUGGCCGAGUACUUAUCUUUCAUUGACAAUGGGGAUUUCUCCGUGGAUGGCGUGCUAUCUGAUUUUCCACUAACUGCAUCUUCGGCUGUUGACUGCUUCUCCAAUCUUGGAACUAAUGCUUCAACACAAGUGGAUUUUCUUAUUAUAUCCAAAAAUGGAGCAAGUGGAGACUACCCUGGCUGUACUGACUUGGCCUAUUCAAAGGCUAUUAAAGAUGGUGCUGAUGUUAUCGAUUGUUCUCUUCAAAUGUCAUCUGACGGGAUUCCGUUUUGCUUAAGUUCAAUUGAUCUUGGGAAGAGCACAAACGUUGUCCAAAGUCCUUUCAGAAACCGUUCUGCAACUGUUCCUGAGCUCAAUUCACUUUCUGGAAUAUACAGCUUUAGUCUGACAUGGUCUGAAAUUCAGACCUUGAGACCUGCCAUUGAAAACCCCUACAACAAGGACUUCAACUUGUUUAGGAAUCCAAGAGAGAGAAGUUCCGGGAAGCUUGUUUCACUUUCUGAUUUCUUGAACUUGGCAAAGAACUCCAGCUCUCUCGUCGGUGUUUUGAUCAGCGUGGAGAAUGCAACAUACCUGAGAGAGAAGCAAGGGCUCGACGCUGUUAAAGCAGCUCUCGAUUCACUCAUGGAAGCUGGUUACAGCAACAGGACAACAACCACAAGAGUUAUGAUUCAGUCAACUAACAGCUCUGUCUUGGUUGACUUCAAGAAACAUAGCCAGUAUGAGACAGUAUACAAAGUCGAAGAAUCCAUCCGCGAUAUCCUCGACUCUGCAAUUGAAGACAUUAAGAAGUUUGCAGACGCUAUUGUCGUCGGAAAAAAAUCAGUUUUCCCCACCAGCGCAAGUUUCAUCACUAGACAAACCAAUCUAGUGGCAAGGCUACAGAAGGUUCAGCUUCCCGUUUAUGUUGAAUUGUUCCAGAAUGAGUUUGUUUCUCAACCAUGGGAUUUCUUCUCUGAUGCAACCGUAGAGAUAAACUCUCAUGUUACUGGAGCUGGUAUCAGUGGAACCAUUACUGAGUUCCCUCUCACAGCUGCGAGAUACAAAAAGAACUCGUGCUUGAACCGCAAAGACCUGCCUCCUUACAUGACCCCAGUUCAGCCGGCUGGCCUCUUAACCAUCGUGAGUCCUACUUCUUUACCUCCAGCCGAAGCACCAAACCCAGUUUUCACAGAUGCUGAUGUCACUGAACCACCAUUACCUCCGGUCACAGCCAGAGCCCCAACCACCACUCCUGGACCUCAAACAACAGAUGGAAAAAGUCCCAACGGACAAACCCGAGUCGCUGUUUCUCUUCUUCUCGCUGCAUUUGCUACGGUCAUCGCCUCUCUUCUACUUAUGUGAUCACAUUGAUCCGAUCACCCUCGCCGCUAGGAUUUCUCUGUGAGAAUGACCAGUCCUCAGAAUUAUUUCCUCCUCCUAACAGUUCUUGGGAUUCUUUCACGUAAAUUUGUAUCAUUGGGGGCUCGAUUUGUUGUUGUAACAUUAUUCACUGUUAACGUUCAUAAAACCUCUAUGCGUUUGUAGUAUUUAUGUAACAUUAAUGUUCUUUGAGCAAAUUAAACUAUUUUAAUUA